AUGUCGGAAACUCACGGCCCAUUAACCGGACGCAAUAUCUCUGUGUGCGGAAAGUUCGAAAACCGCACGCAGGAUGACAUCGUGGAGGAGAUCAGUCGGUUAGGGGGAAUCGGCUUCAAAAAUAAACUGCCAGAUGAUGCAUUUUGUGUCAUCUGCACCUCAGAAGCUACGGAAAAGAACAAAACUGUGCAAGGAGCAAUUGCUAAAGAUGUGCCACUCGUUUCUGUGCAGUGGCUUGAUGACGGUGGCUCGCCAGCAAAUAUACAGCAAUUUCUUAUCGGACCCAAUAAAGACAAUGCGGAAGAUGAGAGUGUUGUCAGCCCUGAGAUCCAAAGCACUCCACCCCAGCAAAUUAUUGAUCCUCCAAAACCGGAGACUCCAGAAACCAGGAGCGGAAAGGACCGUUACGAAGGAAACACGGAAUCAGUAGAGAGUACCCCGACAAGAAAGCCCAGUAACACUAUCAUGGAGAGACUUGGCAGUGCAUAUCAGGCCAUUACUGGCACGCCUCGGAAGAAGUCCUUUGCCCCUCCGCCUGCCGGAGAAGCCACAGGAUCACCCGAAGAUCAUGCCUUAGAAAGCAAUGAGAUGCGGGAGAAGGCUCAGGGCCCUGGCCCAACCGAUUCCAGCACAUACCCUAGUUCAACAGGUGAAGAAGGAGAUCUCUCUUCCCCGUCAGAAGCGUCGUCUUUUAAGAGCUACCUCAUCCAAGACGAAGGGAAUCGACCCGGCAGCGCCACCGAAAGUAUGGUUCCGGUAUCACCCAAGAACCCUCCUGAUCACUGGGAAGGCGAUACCCAAGUGGACCUGCCCUUAUCGUCCGCUAGCCAUGAUAUCCAGAUUGAAAGCGGGAGAGAGGUCGGUUCCCGAGGCGAUCCGAGACAAGAAUCAGCUGCUAGCCCUAUUGCCCCUCAGGAUAGAAGCGGACGAGAGGGCAGCACCCAGAGCAACCCCAUCCAAGUAUCAUCUGCUAGCCCUGAUACCCAGGUUGCAAGUAGACCAGAGGUCAGUUCGCAAAGGAAUAUAAACCCAGUAUCUGUUCACCCUCAGGACGGAAGCGGACGAGAGGGCAGCACUGAAAGCAACCCAAUCCAAGUAUCAUCUGCUAGCCCCGAAGCCCAGGUUGAGAGCGGACGAGAGGGCAGCAGUUGAAAGCAACCCGAUCAAAGUAUCUUCUACGAGUCCCGGAGCUUCCCAAGACUACUCAUCAAUCACCCGUCUUGAAGCAAGAGAGCCGUGGCGAUACGGAUCAGCAGCCGGACACAAGUGAUAAAGAUCAGAAGGGUAAGACACAGAGAGAUUUUGAACAGAAUGACCUUCCACAAGGCAGAGAGCAGUCAACACAAUCGAGCUUAAAUGGGGGGCAGCGACAAAGAAAACCAAGGGGAGUCUUCAAAUGAUUCGGGUCUUUACUUGUCAACACCUGUUCAGAAGACACAACCAACUCUCAAACAAGGAGACUCUGUUCCCGAGAAACAGAAGAACCAAGCAAACAACGUCUU